ACCUUAUAGCGACAGGCACACCAAGUAAGAUCUGAAGUGAUUCACUCCUCCAGAAACCAACGGCCAGCAUGAAUCUCAAGCUGUGUUUGUUGCUCCUUGUUCUCUGUGCCAUCAUUAUCCCUGCACAGCUGAAGAAAGAGAAACAUGACAAGCACGAUGAACGUGAUAAGCAUGGUCAUCAUGAUAAACAACGUGAACGUGAUAAACCUCGACCCCAUGAUGGGAGGCCUGUUAAACAUCCUGGAAAGAGAGGCAAAGCGAGACUUGAGUACCUGAAGGCUGAGUUUGCCACCUCAGACGACUCUGAUGAUGAUGACGAUGCCAAUGAAUGGCUGUUUGAGCUUCAAGGGCGCAGAGGAAAAUGUAGCUCAAGUCCAUGCCUGAAUGGAGGAACGUGUGUGGAAAGGGGAGGCACAUACAAAUGCAAAUGUACCAAGCAUUUUACGGGUUCCAGGUGUGAAAAAGCUAAAAAGGUUUGUAAAAGGGGAACCUGUGGAACGGGACUGUGUCUUCUGACCUUAUCUCCUCCAUACUAUCGGUGCAAGUGCAUUCCACCCUUUGCACCUCCAAACUGCAAAACACCUACUCCAUGUAAUCCAAACCCUUGUCAGAAUAAUGGCAAAUGUGUUACAGAGGAGGGGGAUUUUGAAUGUGUCUGCUCAGAGGGUUUCAGGGGACAAUUUUGUCAAGUCGACCCAAAUGACUGUUAUAUGGGGGACGGUCAGUCAUACAGAGGAAAGGUGUCAGAGACAGAGGAUGGGGAUGACUGUCUCGACUGGAACUCUGAGUUUGUUCUGGAUAAAGGAGCUUAUCCAGCAGUAGCAUUUGCAUCAGGUGGAGGCCUGGGACCACAUAACUUCUGCAGAAACCCUGAUGGAGAUAAGAAGCCAUGGUGCUUUAUAAAGAAGGAAGGGAAACUUCGAUGGGAAUAUUGUGAUCUUAAAAAAUGUCCCACAACAGUGCCGACCACUGCGGAAACUCAACCCGUUACACAUACACCCCGACCCUCUACUCACCAACCAACUGUACCAGCUAAGACAGAACCCAGCACAACCCCAGAGAGCACCAGUUCACCCCAAAACACCAUCCAACCUACCAUAGCACCGGUGGUCAAUGCUUCAACAAGCAGUUUUAACACUUGUGGUAAACCUGAGCCAAAAAAACAACUAAACCGUAUUUAUGGAGGCCUUAAAGCUAUUCCUGGAGCACAUCCAUGGCAAGUAUCAGUACAGGUCAGACCUAAAGGAUCCAGCCUGGGGUACAGACAUAUCUGCGGAGGAACCCUUGUCAAGCCUUGCUGGGUGCUGACUGCGGCCCACUGUAUCGAUAAAAAUUUUGAGUACAGUGUUGUAUUGGGAGGACUGAAUUUGAUACAAAAGGAACCAACAGAUCAGACUGUGUUGGUGGAGAACACAAUCAUUCAUGAGAAGUUCAAGGAAACCCCUGACGUCGUCUACAAUGAUAUUGCUCUGUUGAAACUGAAAGCCACUAAUGGAGAAUGUGCUAAGGAAAAUCAGUUUGUAAAGGCGGCCUGCUUGCCCAGUGAACCUUUUCCAGAUGGAGCAGAAUGCAGCAUUUCUGGAUGGGGAGCAACAGAGACAUCAGAGCAUGGCUCCAUGCAUUUGCUUGAUGCAAAGGUUUUGCUGAUUUCUCAAGAAGCUUGUUCCAGCAAUAAGGUUUAUGAGGCAUUAUUGGAUGAUGGCAUGUUUUGCGCUGGCUAUCUUAAAGGAGGAGUGGACUCCUGUCAGGGUGACUCUGGUGGGCCUCUCACCUGUGAGAGGAAUCAAACACACUAUGUCUACGGUGUAGUGAGCUGGGGAGACAGCUGUGGAGAGAAGAACAAGCCUGGUGUUUAUACCAGAGUCAUGAAAUAUUUGGACUGGAUCAAUAAAAACAUCGCUGGGAAAAAGUAGCAUGUCAGAGAAAGAUUAAUCAAAGCUACAUGUUUUUUUUUUUUUUUUGCUGUGUACUCUGAUCUACCAGUACUGUUUGUACACAUUUUUUGUUGUAGAAUUUG